CACCUCACCAAUUCCCCAUCAUUCAUCAAUCAUCACCAUCCAUCCGGCCAGCUCCACCAAAAGGGACUAAGCAUCCCCGCCAUCCACUGUGGCAGCUUUGCCAGGGUCUCCUAGCCAAACCUGAAUAUCCCGCACUCCACGCUUCCAUUGUGCCCUCCCCCAUGAGAACACCACCACCCUCACCUCUUCCUCUUCUCGUCUCCUUCAUUACUCCAUCCCCUCCACCCCUCUCUCGGCAUAGGAUCUCUCUAUGUCCACUAUGGGCGACGAUGGAGAUGUCGACCACAAGCGAUUUGCCCGCCCCAAGUGGCUAACCAAACCCACCCACAAGUCCGCCAGCAAGGAAAAGGGCCGCCCGGGAGACAUCCCCCAACCCUUCUACACCAGUGCAUCCAACCAACUUAGCGACGAUGUUCAAGACUUCCUCAAACCUUCCACCACGAAAGCUCGCUCCUUCGCUCCGAAACUCGCUCCCAAAAUCGAUAUCGCCGCCGCACAACGCUAUCCCACUGCCAAUGAUGUUAACACCUCUCGGACGCCGUCGUCGAUCAAAGGGAGGAGUGCAAGGAAUCGGGCGAGGCUGAAUGUCGCAUGGGAUGAUGGCGCACUGGAGAUCAUGGGAUAUGGAGGGGACGACUGCGAUGAGCCGACCAUGGCGAUCUCAAAAUCAAAAGCGAGGGAUGUGGGCGCCCGAAAUGCGGCGAAGAAGCCCGAGCCACGAUGGGAGCCGCCUCCGGUGCGCAUGAGCUUGGAAGAUCAUACGCUACGGCCGACACGAGGCAAUGUUUCGGAGCCGGUAGGAAAUUCGGGUGACCUGGAAAGGAGCAAUACGUUGCCCCCUAAUCAGCGGUCAAGUUGGGCCAUUGUUCCUCCGUCGUUGACGGUAUCCACCACCGUGGGUGCCGAUGACGAUGACGAUGACUUCCAGCCGAAGCCACUCCAGCGAGCGCCCACGGGCUGGUCGGAUUAUUUAGAAGAGGAGGACGAUCUACCAGCCAAGUCUCCCAAGUCACCGAUUUCUCCAACCCAGGUCCUUCAGCAACGGAUGCGACAGGAGGAAGGCCGGAUCCUACAUCAAGUGCGGAGAAGCCAGUUGCUGGAGCUCCCAGAUGACUUGUCGGAUCUAUCACUGGGCGAUGCCUUGGGCCCAUCUGGGACCUCGGCGACACAACCGAAACAACCACCUGCACCGGGUCCAAAACCAGAUAAAUAUGCGGGUAAAUCCACGCGAGAGGAAAAGCGGAGUUCCGCCUCUCCUCUCCGUGAGCCAACGCUUCCAAGAAUUGAGUCCCAUGAUGCACCAUCGAGCGGUUCAGAUUUUUCCGCUUCGAAACACCCCGAACCUCGCAAUAUUCCACCCCCACCGACCAGAUAUCUCAGCGCAGACGCCGUCCCCGUACAACCGCACCCACGAACUGGUCCCCCACCCGCUGGCUCAUAUACCACACCGUCUCCAAAUUUCCAUGCUAGGCUCUCCCCAGGAUACCGCGAAGAGUAUCAGACACCACCUGGCCCGUUUCCGCUAUCGAUCAACGAACCCCACCCUCCAUCGGUUGACCCUCAAGCACGAACUGCCAGUCGCCCGUCCGCCGACCGGCCUCCCUCCCGCCCCCCGCGCUCCCCAGGGCUAAUCCAAACCCAAAACCACCCCCCCAAUUCCCUCCCGUACUUCUCCGCCGCCAAGAUCGACCAGGAAGAAGCCCUCAGCCAGCUAACACCAGACUCCGUCAAAAACCCCACCUCCGCCACCGCCGACAUGUCGCUCAUCGAUUUCGCCGACCGCAUCGGCCACAUGCGCCGAAUCUUCCCGCUAACCGCGGAGCGCGAAUCCCCCAUUGCCCAGUUCACCGCCAAGCAGUGGCUCCGCGCCGCCGUGUGGUGGUUCCUGCGCGCCCGCCAACGCUUCGAAGAGCUGAUUCGCGCGCGGGCGAAAGCCCAGCACUCGCUGGAUUCCCCCGGAACGCAGCAGCUGGACCAGGGGCACGUGGACUUGGGAAAGACGUUCUGGAUCUUGGAGGACGUGCUGCCGUCGCAUAAGCAGCUGCAGGAUUACAUGAGUGUCGACGAUGAUUCGCAGAAGGCGGCGGCGCAGGCGGCGGGGGAUCAGUAUGCGGCAGGGAUCUUCUCGGAGGCAUCGACGCUGCGGGGGCAGAUGAAGCUGUUGGCGUCGUCGAUGACGAGGAAUAAGCUGAUGCCGCCGCAUGAGGUGCUCAUUCAAGGGCUCGAUCAACUCAUAUGGAUCCGGUAUCCCAAGCUGCCGUUCCCCGAGAUCCCGGCGGUCGCGAUGUCGUGUAUCGGGCACGACUUGCUUCCUUUUGACGACGCACGGGUGCUGUUCACCAUGACGGUUGCGGACACCCAUGAGUACUUCUGUUUGCACCGGUGUUUCGUGCUAGUAACGAUCGAUCCGGACUAUAUGCAGGACGUCGAGAUUAAGAAAAUGCCGGCGCUCCUGACCAUUCUGCGUCGUCGAGGCACGCACGAUAUGAAAUUGACGCUCGCGACGCAGAAUGACACCAUCAACUUCAUCUAUGAGGACAAGCUUCCGUGGGACGACAUAGUCGCACUGAACCGUUCGAGACCGGAAAUGCGAAUCGCACUGCCUAGUCCGUGGCCUAACGAUACCUACCUCAUGAUCGCCCUCAACCCCUCCGAUUUCACGACGAUACGAAAGGCAUACGACUCUACAUACGCUGCAGCCACUGCUAUCGAACAGCAACGAAACGAAACCCUACUUUACCAGGGAAUCCUGCGAGAAUUCUACUUCAAAUUCCUGCAAGGUCCUGCCCACCAAAAUGGACCGCAAUCCCACCCCCCCGAACGACCGUCGAUCUACAAUUUCCCCAGCGGAGCAUUUCCCAGUACUUCGAUCCAUAUCUUCGGGGUUUACACACGGCGACCCGUGCAUAGUGGCGGGUAUCGAAGCGAGUCGCUCUCGGGCUUUCGGGUCGUCAUUACUACCACGGGAUACAAGAGCAUGAACACACUAACUCUGACAUUUCCCGCUACACAGCCGGAGCAUCUUGGAUCAUACAUGGAUGCAAGUGGCUUUCCCGUCCUCGUCAUGUUCCAUUACGGCCCCGCACAGACUCGCGGAGAUCUCGUCCUGAGUUUCCGAUCCGUCCAAGAACGCGAACAGUUGUUGGAGGUCAUGCGAGGCUUCUACAUCCAACCAGGCGAGCAGGUUCUCGCGGAACUUCCGCUCGAUAGCUUCGACCUCGAAGAAGUCGAGUCUCGCAAACGAUACCCGGCAUCCGGCCAGCCGCCCUGGAGCAAGUUGAGCAUCAUUCAAACCAUCAAGCCCGAUCGUUCCACCUACCUCCGGAUCGUCUUCAACUCGGCGGCGCAAGGAUAUAGGAUUACCCUGACCGACCGCUUCACCAACCAGUCGUCGCAGUUAAAAUUUCGCAUCGCCACGGACCUUGAGCCGCGCAUCGAGUUCCUUCGCUCCGAUCCCCAUGAUCUCAGCUGCACCAUCGAACGGACCGACCCCUCCACCAAAGUCGGCCCGGAAUGGAGCCAGCUCCUCCACGCCACCGAAUCCCCCACCAUCCGUUCCUACACCUUCUCCACCAUGUCCGACCUGCACACCUUGGAAUCCAUCCUCACUGGAUUCACCGUGAAAUACGACUGCUCCCCUCAAUCUUUCACUCUCUCCCGCUCCCGCCGCUCCGCCCUCUCCCUCACCCGCACCCCCAAAUCCUCUUCCACAACCCGCCUCCAAAUCCUCGAACAACUCCACUCCCCUACCCACCCACCCCUCACCCUCCUCCUCGCCUUCUUCGCCUCCUGGCCCCAAGCCCCCUAUCUCGCCAUCCCCCUCCGCCCCUCCGACGCCUUCGAGCGCCUCGACCCCUCCCGCCUCGCCCUCGCCUCCGCCACCACCACCUCUGCUUCCGCCCCCGGCAAAUUCGCCAUCAAGUUCCCCGACGCCAAAUUCGGCUUCCCCACCACCCGCUCCAAGCCCCGCAGCCGCGACCCCUCCCCCCGCAACAGCGUCGACCACCGCCCGGACACCGCCACUAGUGACGGCUCGCCCGCGCUAGCCGGAUCGCUUCUCAGCGCGGGCGGCGGGCGCGGGAAGCGCGAGAGCGUGCUGCUGGACGGGCUGAGCUCCGCGUGGAAGGAGGGGGGAUUCGCUGGGCGGUACGACACGGGGGGAACGGCGGGGCAGGGAGCCGGGGAGGCGGAGGUGGGGUACGUGAAUUUGGCGGAUCUGCCGUUCGCGGCCGAGCGGGAGGAGGUGGUGGUGGGGUUUGCAGGGAGUGAGGAGCGGGGAAGGCUGUGGGCGGCGUUGCCGAGGAUGGGGGGGGAGGUGGGGGUUGGGGCAGAGGAAGAGUAUGGGGGGAGAUAUGGAGGGAAGGAGAGGGAUAAGGAAAGGCAGAAGAAGCAGAGUAAGGUGUUGAGGAAGAAAGAGGAUGAGGAGGAGGAAGGGAAGGGGAGGCAUGGGAGAUUCUGGAGACGGGAGAAGGAGUGAUGCUGGCUGGGAAAAGACGCACAAUCGCUGCAUGAGGACGAAUCUGUUGCAUUUCAGCGCUGUCCGACGUUUCUUAGUAUCCGAGCAUCUUUGUCGAGCGCUUGUUGCGUGCGUGUAUCUACGUCGAAAUUAGCGGGUCAGCGGGAAUCGAAAUCCAUUCACGUUAGGAAUCAUCUACCUUCCAGCCUUCAUUCCGUCAGUUAUCCGGUACCUCCAGGCGGGAGAAGCCAUCGUCCCGCGUCUUUCUUCCCAUACGGUCCUUCUCCUAGCAACGGGUGCGGCGCAUCGCUGGAAUCGAAGUAGUGGAUAUCUACCAUGCAGCAUUAGUCCUGCUGGACAGUCCUUCUGUAUUCGGGGGUUUUACCAUUUUCCUUUUGGAGAUCCUCCUCGGUCUUGAUGCAUAGUUCGAGUUUCCCUUUGGUACUCGCCGACUCCG